AUGAGCUUUCUGGUCCUGAGUCCUGAGUGGUACUGUGCAGGUGGGCAGCCCCAGCGGCACCACGCUUUAGGAGGUCCCCAGGCUUGGGCCCCCUCCCCCUGCCUCCAUGGCCAGCAGAGCUUCCCUGUGCCCCCUGCCCUCACCAGCCGCCCCCCUGCCAGCGUGUGCCGGCGCAGGAGGCAGCGUGCAGGAAGUGCCCCCACAGGGGUGUCGAUGCCAAUCAGCGCCAGGGCGCUUGCCCUGCCCGGCAGGUUCCUUCGGGACGACUACGCCAUCCAGGUGGCCAUCAAUGACUACCUGGACAUCUACUGCCCGCACUACGAGGGCACCGUGCCCGCCAGCCGGGUAGAGACCUUCACCCUCUUCAUGGUGGACCAGGAGGGCUACAGAGGCUGCUACGAGACCCCAGGUGCCUUCAAGCGCUGGGAGUGCAACCGGCCCUGGGCACCCUUCGGGCCCAUCCGCUUCUCGGAGAAGAUCCAACGCUUCACCCCCUUCCCGCUGGGCUUCGAGUUCCAGCCGGGGGAGACCUACUACUACUACUCUGUCCCCAGCCCCGAGAGCGCCGGGCGCUGCCUGAAGCUGCGCGUCUCCGUCUGCUGCAGAGGCACGACACCGGAGGCGGCGACAGAGGUUCCCAAUUCGCAGCCCCACGGGCGUGGGGGGUCAGAGGAUGCAGUGCCCGCCCGGGGCAUCGUGGCCCCACUGCAGCUCCACACCCCGUGCCUGGCACUCAUGCUCCUGGCCCUGCUCUGGAUCUGA